CACUAUAAAAUAUAGAAAGCUGGAUAAGCUAGUAAAUGCGCUAUGAUCUAGGAAUCAUCUUUAGAGUACACACUUGUCGAGUAAGUAAAUAUAAAGAAAAAAUACUUAAGAAUAAAACAAACGCUCAGGACGAUUCAUAGAAUCUAGCUACCGGCCGAGUAACCUCGAGACACAGCAGAGGAGAGCCGUACGCUACCCGAAGAGCAGAACGACGGAAGACACUGUGAUACCCAAAAAAAAAAAAAAAAAACCCCAUUUUUGCGCAUCACUCGUCGGUCAUGUAUAAAAAGGAGUUGUGAAGAAUUAUUAUCACCAUUAGUCACCAUAUAAUAAUAAUAAUAAUAAUAAUAAUAUUUGAGGACGAUGAGCAGGAGGAAGCAGCAGUUGGUGACGACGACAAUAUUGAUCAUCAUUAUCACGAUUGUUCUUAUGGCAGUAGUAAUCAGUGACGCGAAGAUCAUUAACAUUACCAACAAGAUCAGCAGCAAGAAGGCGCUGAUAGUCCACUGUGAGUCGUUAGACGACGAUCUUGGGGCCCUCGCCGUGAGCUCCGACGGCGUCUACCAUUGGGAGUUCGAGGACGAAACCUUUUCCCGGCCGGUGGUUUUUUGGUGCAACCUGGCGUUGGAAGAUGGUCGUCUUUCCUUUGUGGCAUACACUGAAGGCGGUGCUGGGUACGUAGUCUUGGGAUACGAUGUCAACGAAACUGGGAUCUAUGGCCCUGACAUGUUUGAUUUUCAGAGGACAUAUGAUUUGCUUCAUCCAUGGAAGCGAAUUCAGCUCCCUUGAAAUCAAUCCGUCUUUUUUUGUGAUUGUUCUUCGUGAUGAAUAAUGGAUAUGGUUGUGGUGGUGCAUGGUCCGAAUCAAUAGAGAGAUCGUCCUUUUUCUCCUGUUUUGGUCAAGGUUGUUAAUCUGCGGGUUGGACGGAUGAGAUUGACACGGAGCUGGUGGAAAAAAAACGUGCUGUCACAUGCUCGUUUUGAAUUUUAUCUGGAUUCGUCAAAUCUGUACAAACCCGGUAAAAACCGGUUCAACCUACUCCCCCCUGACCCAAUUAAAGCCCAAUACUCACCCUCCUCGACCCAAAGCAAGCAACUCCCUCCCAUCCCAAGCCCAACUCCUCUCCUCCACUCCAUAGUCCAUCCGUCCAAUCCAAUUUCCAGUUCCCCUUCAAUUUCACAGCCGAAUUCGGUUGGGGUGUGGAUGGCUUCGGAACUUCGGUAUAUGCCAGUUCAGUUCGAUUUGAACCGAACCGACCGAUCGCCCAACCCUAAUAUAGGCCCUUCAAGGUGUGGCCAGGGGGUGAUCGACAUACACACCCCAUGGUGUUGUUUGGAGGCCAUCAACCUAGCUAGCACCCCUAUGAUGCAGACUGCAAUACUAUAGGGUAACGUGGUUAAAGGGAUGAUGAAUAUGGCCGAAUUUGAUCAACGCAAGUAGGCCCCAUGGUGUUGUCAGGGGGGGCCAUUAAAAUGCACCCCCUAGUAUGUCGAGAAGGUGUAAAUUUAGCUGAGUUUGGGAAAUGGUGGAAACGUGUUGGCACGUAGAAAAAAAUUUGGCCAGAGUAUGCCGCUCCCGUUGUGGUGAAUUAUUUUUGUCAUUUUUUUUACCUUGGGUGAUCCAGACACGCACCUACAUGUGGUAAGAAGGUCUUCAUGCUGUCAUUUUCUCAACUAACGAGCAAAGCUAAUGAGGAGCUAUCAAGAAGAUAGGGCCAAGACAGAAGAUGGUGGCACAUCCAACGUUAGUUAGAGAAAUUGAGAGAGUAAUUGUUGCUCCAUGUCAGCUGAGCAGUUCUCGAGGCAGAUACUUCCGGUGACUAUAAAUAUGAGGUGAAGAUGACAGAGAAGGGGUUCUUAAAAAUCACAACUCGACACCACUUGUCAAGUGAUAUCUUUUUCUUUUUUUCCUCUGCAAAUUCUAGCCAUUAGUUGUAGUUCUGGAGCUCUCACUGAAUCUCCAUAUAUAAGGAGUAGGGUAAUUUAAUGUAGAUAUGUCUCGUGAGUUACAAAAUAUCGAACAUCUGUUUAAACUUUGUUUAUUUUAUCGUUAUUCAAAAAGUUAAGGUGCAAAUUCAAUUUUGUCAAACUCUAGUUUUCUCGCCGAGAAACAAAACUAUUUAAUAUAAUUAAUCCAUGAAUUAUUUAUGGAUCCGAUUUCUUCGUCACAUCUACUAGAGUGGUAUUAAAGAUAUACCUAAAUU